UGUUCAUUUGAUGAAUUAGAUACCGCCCAGCCAGUCAAAUAUAGGGUUUUUAGAGCUGGAGUACACACACAAAAAACUGGGACUAGUUUUCAUAAACUGGAUAGAGAACUUAUAUGAGGCUGCAACCUAUAGAAACCUUUUGUGUUUUUCAUUUCAUUGGCAGACACCGUCCUUGACCGAAAUCUAUUGCAAAUUUUGCUGCAACCAUUGCAGGCAACUUUUUAUUAAUAGGAAAUGGCUUGGAUGGAUCCUCUUUCUGUGUUGUUCCUAUUUUCCCUGGCAAUUGCAUUCCUUUGGAAAAUGAGCAAUUUCUGGAACAGCAGCAGCCAAAAUCUUCCACCGGGACCAAAGCCAUUGCCACUAAUAGGAAACCUCCACCAAUUGGAUCUGAAGAGGCCUUACAGAACCAUGUUAAAGCUUUCUAAACAGUAUGGCCCGGUUUUCAGCCUACAAACGGGAUUCCAGAAAAUGGUAGUUCUGACGGGCUACGAAACUGUAAAGGAGGCUUUGGUGAACCAGGCAGAUGCAUUUGCAGAGAGGCCCAUGGUCCCAAUAUUUCAAGACUAUGAAAAAGGCUACGGAAUCGUUUUUAAUCAUGGUGAGAACUGGAAAGUGAUGCGGCGGUUUGCGCUAACCACAUUAAGGGACUACGGAAUGGGCAAAAGGACCAUAGAGGACCGAAUUGUCGAAGAGUGCCGUUUCCUAAUACAAAAUUUUGAAACUUUUGAAGGAAAACCAUUUGAGAAUACUGCGAUCAUGAACGCUGCUGUUGCCAAUAUUAUCGUGUCAAUAUUGCUUGGCAAGCGAUACGAAUAUGAAGAUCCCACAUUUCAGAAACUACUGAACUUGAUCGAUGAAAAUACCCGGCUUGGCGGAAGCCCCUCAGUCACACUAUACAAUAUGUUUCCUGCUCUGGGCUUUCUUUUUCGUGGUCACAGGACUAUUCAUAAGAAUUGGAUGGAACUGGACAAAUUCAUACAGGACACCUUCAUUGAACACCUCAAGGAAUUGGACGUGAAUGAUCAGAGGAGCUUUAUUGAUGCUUUUCUAACUCGACAGCAGGAGGAGAAAAAACAGAACAAGAUUAAUGCAUUUUUCCAUAAUGAAAACCUAACAGCUGUUGUGAACGAUUUAUUCAGUGCAGGCACGGAGACCACUUCAACUACUUUGCGUUGGGCUCUGUUGCUGAUGAUGAAGUACCCUGAAAUCCAGAAGAGAGUGCAAGAAGAGAUAACAAAGGUCAUUGGGUCCGCUGAACCACGGAUUGAACACCGAGCCAAACUGCCGUACACCGAUGCUGUGGUUCAUGAAGUUCAGAGGUUUGCUAAUAUUCUCCCUACAAACGUGCCCCAUGCCACCACAGCGGAUGUCACUCUGGGAGGCUACUUCAUUCCAAAGGGAACACAUAUUAUUCCAUUACUGUACUCCGUGCUGUAUGAUGAAUCUCAGUGGGAAAAACCUUAUAAAUUCUAUCCUGGUCAUUUCCUUGAUUCUGAAGGAAAUUUUGUAAAGAGAGAUGCCUUCAUGCCUUUCUCUGCAGGUCGGCGAAUGUGUGCUGGUGAGACCCUUGCCAGAAUGGAGCUCUUCCUGUUCUUUGCAAGUCUCCUGCAGAGAUUCACUUUCCAGCCAGCCCCUGGGAUGUCUAAAGAAGACCUGGACCUGACCCCUGCAGUUGGGUUUAGUACACCUCCGAUACCCUACCAUAUCUGUGCUUUGCCACGUGCAUAAGGCUGAUUUUCUCAUCUUUCUCUGCUGCCACAACUGACCCUUGUGUUGUGUAGCACAUCACCACCCUUUGCUGCCUGCUACUUUAGAGCAGUAGACCCCUGACAGAAUCAUUCUAUGCUUUGUCACAAAUCUGCAACUUUUUUUAAAAUAUAAAUCAGCAACUUUUUAAAAAAUAUAUAUUUUAUUGUUAUUUCAGAUAGAUAGAAAGUAAGAAAGAAUGAAAAAACAGAUAAAAGGGUAGAAAGGGAGUCAAAGGAUUUUACAGCUUUUCAUUAAACUUGCUUAUAUCAACA